AUGAACAUAGAGACCCCAAAUAAUACCUCUAAUCCAAAGAAGGAUUCCAUUAUUGAACAAUUAUUGGCUCUAUUUCCUGAAGCUGAUCCUGGAUACUUAAGUUAUUGCGUUGAAUUUUACCAAGAUAAUCAUGUUGAACGAAUAAGCGAAAAAAUAUGUAACCAGAAUAAGGGUCAUUAUCCAAUAAUACCGAAUAAUUGUCGUAGUGCUAAUUGUACAAAAGCAAAAAACAUUUAUCUUAAACAGUUAAAUGAAUUAUUUCCUGAAUGUGAUGUUAGUUUCCUUCGCGAAAAGUUAUGCUGCUUUGAUCAUAGUCAUGUACAACAAAUUACAGAAACAUUAUUAAAUAUGGAAAAAUCUUCAAAAGGUUAUCCUCGUAGACUUAACCCUUUUAUUAUUGAACCAUGGGAACUUAUUAGAUCACCUGAUUAUAUAAAAGCUGUUAGGUAUCGUUUAUAUAAUGAUUUUCCUGAUACUUGGAAAUCCACUGUAAAAGCUGUCCUUGCUGAGAAUAAUUUUGAUUAUACUAAGAGUUUCGCUAAAAUUCGGGAUUUGACGACAAAUAAUUGGUGGAAUUCUAUUUUCAGCGUUUUUCGUCGAAAAAUGUAUAAAGAAUUUGAGAAUCCUGAAUUGAAUGAAGAAAUUCGGAAAAUAUAUAUAAAUCGAUUAGAAGAACAAUCAAGAGCUGAUUAUGAGGUUGCUAAACAAGUUAAUUUUAUGGAAUAUACAAAAAAUGAUCAACUCAUUACUUGUGGAUGUUGUUAUGGUGAUUAUGCUUUCGAGGAUUUAGCAUGUUGUACUGAGGGACAUUUAUUUUGUAAAGAAUGCAUUAAUCAUCUUGUACAAGAAGGUUUAUAUGGUCAAGGGUCAUUACGAGGAAAACAAAUUAAUUGCAUAGAAUCAAGUGGAUGUGAUGGUUACUUUACAGAGGAACAACUUAAAGCAACUUUGAUACCUGAUGUUUUUAAGCAUUAUGUUGAAUCUCUCAUAGAACAUUCUUUAAAACAAGCAAACUUAUCUCUCGUUCAAUGCCCAUUUUGUUCUUAUUGCGAGGCUGAUGAUGACAGUCCAUUUCGUCAUUUAAAAAUUCCGAAAUCUGCUGUGAUAGUGGUUAGCAUUCCUUUAGCGAUAUUACCAUUUUUCUCAUCAUAUGAGAACGUUACUAGCGCUUUGAAAGUUGCUGCCAUUUUUGUAAUUCCUCAAAUAGCAUUAUGGAUACUAGGUGUGUUUCCUUUACGACCUUUUCUUGAUGAAUUUGAAAAUAUAGUUAAAAGAGUGAAGAGAAGACGCAGAGGAAAUGUAUUUAAGUGUCAGAAUCCUGAUUGCGCUAAAUUAUCAUGUAUGCUAUGCAAUCGAGAAUGUAGACCUUUUCACAAAUGUUACGAACAAGAGCAAGAUAGCUUACGUCUCUUUGUAGAAAGGGCCAUGGCCGAAGCUGUCAAAAGAACGUGUCCCAAGUGUCAUGUGUCAUUUACAAAGGCAGAUGGUUGUAAUAAAAUGACAUGCCGUUGUGGGUAUGUCAUGUGCUAUUUGUGCAGAAAAGACUUGCGUCAGGAGUCUUAUGCUCAUUUUUGUGAUCACUUUCGACCGAUACCUGGACAAAAAUGUAAAAAAUGCAACAAAUGUGAUUUAUAUAAAACUGAAGAUGAAGAAAAAGUUAUCAAAGAAGCUGCUACAAAAGCACGAGCUGAAUUCAUUAAAACUCAUCCAGAAGCAAGAGAGGCCAAUCUUUUGGAAAAUGCGGCUAUCGGACCUAUUGUUGGUAAUGAGGAACAAUUAUUUCGUGAAAUGAUUGAAAAAACGAUCGAAAAGAUUAUUGAUUAUUUAAUCCCUUGA